UUUCAUUCAUCUCUGGAAACUAUUUGUUUCUUCAUUUUUUUGGGAAAAAGUUAUUAAAUUGGUUCGUAAUUAUAUACUGUCUGAUCUUACUCACUUGUGGGAAUUUUAUGAGUUGACGAGAUUGUGGUAUGUUUGAGAUGAAGAAGACUAAGAUCUGUGUUCUCUGUCUGUUUGGUAGUUAAGUUUUAAAGAGACCUAUCUACGCAAUAUUAGCUUCUGCCGUGUCUAAGUUGAGCUCAAGUUUAUGAUCUAAGUAAAAGUCCAUGCUUGUCAUCAUAUAAAAACCGAAGUUUUUGUUGUAUAUUUUAGAACAAGGAGAUGAUGCGGUUCAAAGAGGAGAAAGAAGCCAAGAAAGAAGCUUUCAGGAAGUAUUUAGAGUCCAGUGGAGUUCUUGAUUCUCUCACCAAAGUUCUGGUUGCUUUGUAUGAGCAGAAUGACAAGCCUUCCUCUGCUUUAGAAUUCAUCCAGCAGAAGCUAGGAGGCCCUUCAGUGUCUGACUAUGAGAAGCUUCAAGCUGAGAAGUCUGAUCUUCAAAUAAAGUACAAUGAGCUUUUUGCUAAACAUCAAGAAACGUUGAGAGAGUUAGAUGGAGUGAAGAGCUUGCAUUCACGAAACUCUUCGAAGGAUGAUGAAGACAGAGAGGGCAUUGAAGACGAACACACGGCCCUUGUGGCUCCUCCUCACCACUAAAUUGUUUGUUAUUUUGUAUAUGAAAUUCUCAUUGCUACAUUUUCAAUCUACAUUACAGUUAGUAUUUUGAGUGUCAUUUUGUUUGCAUAUACGCAUUUAAGACAUGAAAAAGAAAAUCGCUGAUUUUAAGCUGGCUUGUUGA